AUGGCGUCCUAUUAUAUGACUGUCACUCGGCUUCGGGUAAGUGAAACGUUAUUUUAUAUUAGUAAUAUAUUCAACACUAAGCAUUAAGUAUAGAUUUUCAGUAAAAAAAAUGAAUUACGAGAUAUUACUGUCCACAGCGAACUUUUUUUAAAAAAAUCAUCAAUAUUGUAAACAAUCCAUCUCAGCGGUUGUUGUUUGGUCACUGUGUCCCAGUCGAGACUGUUACUAACUAGUGCUCCAUGAAACGGCUACAAGUUAGUCUGGGAAGUGCACAAUAACGCUUUAUCUAUAAUGCUGGUUUACAAUACAAUGUGUUGUCGAAAUGCACUAAAUUGAAUGCUUCAAAUUGCACCAAAUGUCCAGCUGUUUGCAAGGUGAUUCAAGGUUACUGAAGUUUUAAGUGCGCACUUGUCUGGUUUCCACGCUUAAUAACAUUUUCAGUCAAAUCACGGUGUCAGACAAUGCGGCACAAAAUUAAGCAAUUAAUCGAACAUGAGAUGGUCUUAUAGAAACCUCAUGAAAUUAUCUGAAUGGACACUGUCCAAUACUUUUUUGCUACGUCUAUAAAGAUAUGUGACCAAGGGCCUGCUAAUAUGAGGUAUAUUUUAUAUUUGAUUCGGCAAAUUAACAUUACAGAUUUUUGGUACAUUCUCAGUUGAUUGUGAUAUUCCAUUUGCUUACAUCUUUCCACUCUAAAUAAUCAGGCCUAUAGGUUGAUUCAAAAUAAGCCUGUCUGUCUAACAUGAGUUAACAUGUUGAGGACGAUUUGCUGUGUUGACACUAUUGAAAAUCAUAGCUAGAUUAGACACUUGAGCUGUCACAAAAUUAGCUGUUCUAAUGUGUAGGGAGUAGGUGGCUCCUUUGGGGCUAAAUACAAACACUAACUUACCCAACACUUAGGCUACUCAUUCUAAACUUUAGGUGCUGUGUGUUUUGGGAAAAUGAGAGCCUGACAAGUAGCUGGCUGACAGAUUGUUUACUUAGUUAGUGUAAUGCAAUACUCUUCUCUUUACUUGAUUAAUAUUGCUGUCAGUCUCCAUUGUGUGAGGUGAUGGAACAUGAAAGUCACAUGGAGAUCACGCAGAUUGUAGAUGAGUCAUUUUAUGGUGGCCUUGUUUUUUUAUUUUUAUAUUUUUUGUGAGAAUAUGAAUCCUAUAUGUCUCUGUUUAAACUUUCUGGUCAUUAGGCUAUAGACUAGGUUCAGGGUUUACCCUACGAGGUCUGGGAACCUGCUGGUUUUCUUUUCUACCUGAUAAUAUGACUUAAGUCGCUUUGGAUAAAAGCGUCUGCUAAAUGGCUUAUUAUUAUAAUUAAUUGCACCCACCUGGUACAGUAAUGAAAAAAUGCAGUGGAACUGGCUUUGAGGUCCAGAGUUGAGUUUGAGGGAACUAGGUCCAAUGUUUGCAAUGAUUACGAACUUUAAAGCCCCUGUAUCCUCUUCCAUGAUGAUGUUUCCAAGUUUGAUGUAUCAUUACUAAAAAUGUAUUUUAGAUUGUCCUUGGAGAAGGGGCAAGACGUCUCCAUGUCUCGGCAGCCUUCAACGCCAAGGCCAAGGUGGCCAUGAGCCGCUUUGAGCCUGGAACCAGCAUCAACUAUGAGAAGCUACAUGAGAACAUCGAUGUUGUGCGCAAGAGGUCAGUAGCUGCCUUUCCAACCUCACACCCAGCGUUCCUCUGUUUACAACCACUACUACUAUGACAUGCCCAUUGCAACUGUUCACUAAAUCCUUUGACAUUUAGCGUGUUGACUUCUUAUGGUCAGCAACACUGGCCACACCGAGCUAACUUUAGAUUAGAAAGCAUUCCUCCUAGUGAGUUAACCUUUUACUGUAUUUUAAGAGUUUAAUCCUAACCACACUGUCCUCCCAUCCCCGCCCUUAUCUCACCUCAGGCUCAAUCGCCCCCUCACUUUGUCAGAGAAGAUUGUGUACGGUCACCUGGAUGACCCCGUGGGCCAGGACAUCGCCAGGGGGCGCACUUACCUGCGGCUGCGUCCGGACCGUGUGGCCAUGCAGGACGCCACGGCCCAGAUGGCCAUGCUACAGUUCAUCAGCAGCGGCCUGCCCAAGGUGGCUGUGCCCUCAACCAUCCACUGUGACCACCUGAUUGAGGCACAGAUCGGAGGGGUUGAGGACCUAAAGAGGGCGAAGGUCAGUAGGGAGCAGAGGAAACUCAAGGGGCUGGCCAGUUGUUUUUGGGCUGUCCAGCUGAUUUCUGUUGGUUGAGAUCUAGGGUGUUCUACAGAGGAUUAAUAUUUUCCAUGGUAUCAGGAGUUCCUAGGGGUAACCGAAAGUAUUGCGUUGGGGUGAAGAUGACCCAUAUGAGAGGGAAUGUUGGUUAACUGCUACACAUACAUUACAUUACAUACAAAGAGAAGCCCUGAGGAAUAUUUAGCAUGGGUGACACUUACUACAUCCAAUUGCACAGAGGUCAAGUUGAGUAACAGGGAUUAAAGGGGAAUUAAGGUCUGCAGCCAAAUAUGUGCUGUGACGGUUACAUAAAGGGGACUACCAGCUGAAAAUAUAUUCUCCUCAACUCAACUGACACCCCAACCCCUUCUCACUUGUCCUUUUUAAUCCAGGAAGUGAAUCAGGAGGUUUACAACUUCCUGGCGACAGCUGGAGCCAGGUAUGGAGUUGGCUUCUGGAAACCAGGCUCUGGAAUCAUUCACCAGGUACCUGUACAAUAAAGGGUAACUGGUCAGAUUGAGCUGCCAUGAGACUAAUUUGGAUUUGGACAAUAUCCACUUCUGAAAUUAGACUAACAACUAGAUUAGAGCUCAGGAAUACUGCUGUGAAAAGAGUAGCAGAAUACACUGUUCACUCAUGAUAUCAAACCUGUUAUACAUUCAGAUCUUGACAUUAUUGGGCUCAAUACGUCAAAUGAUUGUUGUGCAUUGGCUAACAGAGAUGUCACUCACCCUUGACAGAUCAUUCUAGAGAACUAUGCCUACCCAGGAGUCCUGCUGAUUGGCACAGACUCCCACACACCUAAUGGGGGCGGCCUGGGCUCCAUCUGCAUCGGAGUGGGUGGCGCUGACGCUGUGGACGUCAUGGCUGGUAUCCCAUGGGAGCUCAAGUGUCCCAAUGUGAGCUGCUAUGACAGUGAACCAACUCACUACAUUCCCUUCACCCACUAAUUUAUCUCUCUUUCUGUAUCUAUCUCCUUCAUACAUGUAUAAAAAAAAACGGACCUUUCACAAAUGUAGUAAUAACUCCCUCUUCAUCAGGUGAUUGGAGUGAAGCUGACUGGUAGUCUAUCGGGCUGGACCUCUCCCAAGGAUGUUAUCCUGAAGGUGGCUGGGAUCCUGACAGUGAAGGGGGGCACAGGAGCCAUCGUGGAGUACCAUGGCCCAGGCGUCGACUCCAUUUCCUGCACCGGUGAGGCCAAAAGAUAGUAAGGUUUACCUGAACUAGUGAGUAAACUACUCUACGCUGUUUGUUUUAACAAUCUGCUUGUUUCAGUUGAGUUUGUCCAGUGGUUUGGUCUUAGAAACGUGAUGUGACUUUUCCCACCUCCUGGCUACAGGUAUGGCAACUAUCUGCAACAUGGGAGCUGAAAUUGGUGCCACCACCUCUGUUUUCCCCUUCAACCACCGCAUGAAGACUUACCUGAAUAAGACUGGACGUGCAGGUUAGAACUCACAAUAAGACAUUCUGGAAUAUUCUUAAAGCCCUUUAUUUCACAAUCCAUUCAGUGUCAGUCUCACAGCCACUGUUACACAUACAGCAUAGUCCCUUAGCAUUUCUGUAUUCUCUUUCGGACUUUUUCCAUCUACUCUCAGACAUCGCUGCCCUGGCUGACGAGUAUAAGGAUGACUUGGUCCCUGACACGGGCUGCAAGUACGACCAGGUCAUUGAGAUCAACCUGAGUGAGGUGAGUCCACUCUGUUAUUAGGCUGACAUCCAUUACUUAUAUUUAUAGAAUAUCUUCUCAAGGAAUAACACACAUUGUCAAUGCUGUCUGUCUUCUGUCCCUGGCAGCUGAAGCCCCAUAUCAACGGGCCCUUCACUCCUGACCUGGCCCACCCAGUGUCUGAGAUCGGUGCUGUGGCUGAGAAGAACGGCUGGCCCCUGGAGGUCAAAGUGGGUCCGUAUCAGCACCAGCAGUCACACGUUAUCUUUAACACUCCCUUGAAAAGUAUACAUUUAGCUUUCUGUUAAUAUUCAAGAAAAGCCCUAUAAGAGAAAAGUACAAUAACAUUUAAUUAUCAUACAUUUCCAGGCUUAUUUACAUGACUGUUCAAAUCACCUGCGCUUCUCCUGUCUUACUCUGUUAUUAACCUGAUUCCCGGUGGUCCCACUAGGUCUGAUUGGUAGCUGCACCAACUCCAGCUAUGAGGACAUGGGCCGCGCUGCUUCCCUGGCCAAGCAGGCCCUAGACAAAGGCCUGAAGUGCAAGGCCGCGUUCACCGUCACCCCCGGCUCUGAGCAGAUCCGCGCCACCAUCGAGAGGGAUGGCUUUGUGAGUUCAAACCUUUUGGAAAAAAAGUCCAUUGCCAAACUAGUUGCCCAUUACUUGAUUUGUAGGUACAUUCUUAUGUUUGUUUUUCUCCUUUAGUCUAAGAUCCUGAGGGAUGUGGGUGGGGUGGUCCUGGCUAACGCUUGUGGACCAUGCAUUGGCCAGUGGGACAGGAAGGAUGUGAAGAAGGGGGAGAAGAACACUAUCGUCACCUCCUACAACAGGAACUUCACUUCCAGGAAUGAUGCCAACCCUGCCACCCAUGCUUUCGUCACAUCCCCUGAAGUACCAAUAAUCACAACACACACACACACACACACACUUCUUAUAUUAUGACAUCCACACUAUGUCCCCUUGUAACUAGUUGCCCUAAUAACCCUCCCUCUUCCUAUACAGAUUGUCACAGCCUUGGCCAUCGCUGGUACCCUGAACUUCGAUCCUGAGACUGACUACCUCACCGCGGCCAAUGGUGAGAAAUUCAAGCUGGAGCCACCCAAUGGCGACGAGCUGCCUGCCCGUGACUUUGACCCCGGCCAGGACACCUACCAACACCCCCCUGCCGAGAGUGGCUCUGUUAUGGUGGACGUCAGCCCCACCAGCACCCGCCUGCAGCUGCUGGAGCCCUUUGACAAGUGGAACGGCAAGGACCUUGACGACCUGCAAGUGCUGAUCAAGGUGAGGGAGGGGGAGAGGUGGAUGACAAGACCGCUAUAUGAUGAGGAAGGCCUCUUCUCACUGUUUGGCUGAGUUCUAUCCUCCACCAAGGACCAUGGUUGGAAUUGAGAUGCCUUCGAUGGUGGCAUUACUUUCUAAUUAUUAGAGACUUAGAAACCACUGAGUUGGCAGACAGUUGUUCAGGCAUGUGGUGCUGCAUUUAGAUGGUCAUUUACCCUACUGUCUCUUUUCUUCCUUCCUCUUCCGCAGGUGAAAGGCAAGUGCACCACAGACCACAUCAGCGCCGCCGGCCCCUGGCUCAAGUUUCGCGGUCACCUCGACAACAUCUCCAACAACAUGCUCAUUGGAGCAAUCAACAUCGAGAACGACGCGGUCAACAAGAUCAAGAACCAGCUGACAGGAGAGUACGGGGGCGUGCCUGAUGUGGCUCGCCACUACAAGGUGUGACAGACAUAGUAACUGACAGGAGAGGACCGAAAGAGGCUGUGGACUGUUGGGCUGUCCCAGAAUCACAAUAUUUACAUUAGAAUCUGAUUUAAGAAAUUCCCUCUCUGCUCCUUCCAGGCUAACGGUCUGUCGUGGGUGGUUGUGGGGGAUGACAACUACGGGGAGGGCUCGAGCAGAGAGCACGCAGCCCUGGAGCCCAGACACCUGGGAGGCAGGGUCAUCCUCGUCAAGAGCUUCGCCAGGAUCCACGGUACGCUUAGAGGUUACAUGUGGAGGCACCGAGAGCGAGGGGAGGGUAUAUGGGUGUGGUGGGGCGAGUGGGUGGGUAGCAUGAGAGAAGCUUUUGGUGGGAACCUGCUCAAUCUGAGACUAUUUGUGUUGAGAGGGAGCUCAUGUAGCUAUCAUGAGACCCAUUGCAAAAGAAGGGAAACAUGGUUAGAAACAACAUCACCCACACACUUUGAAUGUGCACAUUGUUCUCUAUGACCUUGACUUGGCAUGUAAUGGACCUGCCCCGCUGUGGUAGAGGGCCUCUCUAUUUACACAAUGGAGCUCGAUACGAGCCAAUUCCCCAAGCUCCCUCUUGUUCCCCACUUUCUGUUUUUUUUCUUUGUCUUGCUUUCUUUUCUCCUCAUUGCCAUUCUGUCCUCUUUUCUCAGAGACCAACCUGAAGAAGCAGGGCAUGCUGCCCUUGACCUUCGCCGACCCAACCGAUUACGACAAAAUCCGCCCCGACGACAAGAUCUCCAUCACAGGCCUUGCAACCUUUGCCCCCGGCAAGGUGAGCUUCAUUGAUCAUUCAGCCUCCAAAAUUACCGCCCUCCAUAUAAUGGGGAUGGGACUUGGUAGUAUGUGUAUUUUACACGGAUGCCUUACAGUCCAGCUCUCUUUCUCCUCUAGCCCCUGAAGGGAGUGGUGAAGCACGGUGACGGCAGCCAGGACAUCAUCACCCUGAACCACACCUUCAACGAGAACCAGGUUGAGUGGUUCCACGCCGGCAGCGCCCUCAACAGGAUGAAGGAGCUGCAGUAA